GGCCCCCGUAGACGCAGGCGACCUGAUUGGUUUCCCUGGUGACGGUUGCCGGGGCAGCGCGUGCCGGCGUCGGGAAGGGCGGAGGAAGCGCCAGCCGGCGGCCCUGAGGACAGAUCUUGAAGCAGGGCCGCGGGCAGGAUGGCGGCUGAGGAAAGCUCAGCAGACACUCUGCGGCUCCAGUUCAAGGCCAUGCAGGAGCUGCAGCACAGAAGGUUACAGAAACAGAUGGAGAAAAAGAAGGAGAAAGAGCUGAGCUGUAAAAGCGAAGUUGACCAGGAGGGGCUUGUGGAGAUCCCAGACAGCCUCAGCCUCCUCGACACAGAGGAGCAGAACCUGAAAAACAUCUUUGAGAAGAGGGUGCUGGAAGACGAAAUCCAGCAGCUUCGGAGUGAACUCAGGGAGACAGUCGAUGAGAACGGGCGGCUGUAUAAACUGCUGAAGGAGAGGGACUUUGAGAUCAAACACCUCAAGAAGAAGAUAGAAGAGGACAGGUUUGCCUUCACAGGGGCAACUGGGAUGGCUGGAGAUCUAGUUGCUACCAAAAUCGUUGAACUGUCCAAGAAGAACCGGGGGCUGACGGCGGAGUCCGAGAGUGCGAAGGCCAGAAUAAAGCAGCUGACUAAUCGCAUCCAGGAGCUGGAGCGUGAACUGCAGAUGGCACCAGCCAGGCCACCGGCCAAGGGGACCACUGACACAGAGGACAAGCCACUGAGGACCCAGACGGGAGACAGAGCCUUGCCGGAGACCCCAGAGGUGAAAGCGCUACAGGACAGGCUUGCAGCCACCAACCUGAAGAUGAGUGACCUACGCAACCAAAUCCAGUCUACAAAGCAGGAACUCCGUGUGGCCCAGAAGGUUCUGGCCAAUGAAGUUGGGGACGAUGUAAACAUCCAGCAGCUCCUGGCCUCUCCAGGGACCUGGAGGGGGAGGGCUCAGCAAAUUCUAGUUUUACAGAGUAAGGUCCGAGAGCUUGAGAAGCAGCUGGGACAGCGGCAGAACUCAGAGCUGCCUGUCAAUUCAGACCCACGGAAGCUGACCGCACAAGAGAAAAACCUCCUGAGGAUCCGCAGCCUGGAGAAGGACAAGCAGGAAAGCUGGGAGAAGCUGGCCAGUGAGCGGGACACUCUCCAGACAGAGCUGGAGGAGCUGAGAAGAAAGUUUGAGGGCAUGCGGUCUCGCAACAAGGUGCUGUCCAGUGAGGUGAAGACCCUCAGAAGCCAGAUGGUGACCCUGGUGGAGAAGGGCAGGCACGAUGAUGAGCUGAUUGAUGCCCUCAUGGACCAGCUAAAGCAGCUGCAGGACAUUCUGGGCAGCCUGAGUGUGCAGGAGGAAUCGAGGCGCACAUCCCAGCACCACCUGGACCAGAAGGUCAACAGUGAGGCCCAACGGAGCAACAGCCUUGUGGCCCAGCUGCGGGCCAUGGUGGCUGAGCGCGAGGCCAAGGUGCGGCAGUUGGAGCUGGAGAUUGGGCAACUCAGUGUGCAGUAUCUUCACAGUAAAGGAGGGGGUGAGGGGGCAAGCCCCACCCAUGCCAGGUUCCCUGAGGACCAGACCCUGAUAACCAACUCUCCGGCCUCGGCAGGCGAUCACGUCGGCAGGCUAGGAUCCUCUCGCUCUGUGACCAGCCUGGGCCACACACUGGUGGAAUCUGCUCUCACGCGGCCAUCCCUGCCUAGUCCCCAUGGGACCUCACCCAGGUUCUUGGACUCCCCAGAACAGAAAGGCUGGCAGGCACAAGCUGCAGAAAUGAAGGCCCUCUGGCAAGCUGCCGAGGUGGAGCGAGACCGCCUCAAUGAGUUUGUCACCGUCCUGCAGAAGCGGGUGGAGGAGAGUAGCGGCAAGCUGCUGGAAGCCGAGCAGAGGCUGCAGGAGGAGCGGCAGCGUGCUGUCCUGCUGGAACAGCACCUGGAGAAGAUGCGCCUGGAGCCCUCCAGGACCUCGGUGUCGCAGAAAACUGCUAAGAGCAAGCCAGGGCCACCUGCCACCGGUGCCAAGCACAACCCAACUGGGAGCGCCAAGAAAGACUCGUCCUCCACUCAGCUCUCCGAUAUGCCCAUGGAAUCCCAGAUAGAGGAGCUGACCGCCAGGCUGGCCAUCCAGAUGGAAGAGAACGGAAUCCUGAGAGAUGCCCUGGGCAGUGCCCUGCGUGGGAAGGAGGAGGACUUCCGCAUGUACCACCAGACCCUGGGCCAGGUGAAGGGGGUCUUCUUGCAGGCACUGCGGCAGCAGAAAGCCAGCAAGCAGUAGGACAGGGCUGCUCCCUCAGCUCCUGGAGGGCAGGGCCUUAGAAGACUGACCCCACUGGUGCAGGCUCCGCCCACGAGACUCCUCUCUGAGGCCACUUGGAAUACCAGCUGAGCUCAGACCUGCUCAGCAGGCAGGCUGAGGCUGAGGACGCCUGGGCCAAGGAGGAGGCUGGCCAGCCCCAGCAGAGCGUUUCUUUCAGCAGAUCCUGUCCCUGGGUUGCUGUAGGCUCUCCACACAUAGAUGAGCCACUUGGUGCUUCUAAUGGAGGCGUCAACCUGGAACCAUCCAGACCUCCCCAUAAUCCCUCACUUGGGGCCUCGUAUCCACUUGGCCACCCCUCCGCUGCGCCCAGCCUCUCUGUGGACUUAUGCCCAGGGCGAAGCCUUGCACUUGGCAUAACAAGGCUACUUUCACAGUCACUACAGCUCUGGUUGAGUAUGUUCCUGCCUCUGCUGGGGGGAACCUGGUCUUCAGUAGGUAGGGCUUUACAGUUGUGGUCACAGACUUUCAAAUAGAAGCUGAGCCCAUCGGUCAUUCUGGUGGUCCUGACUCUGAAGCCAGGGUCCCCAGCUGAGUGAAUGCCCAGAGCUCUGGCUUGCCCCAAGGUUGCACAGCUCCACCCCUAAUGACUCCCGAGGUACAAGUGCUAGAGUCAGAAGGCCAUCCAGGCAGAGCUGGAUUGUAGGGUGGACAGGUGAGGCAGUGGGUCUUGAUACAUGAAUAGGGAUGCUACAGGAGGGAUCCAGGACACCCUCAUCUCAGUGACUGUAACUAUCUCAUGGUCACCCAUAGCCAUACCACAGCCACAGCCACAACAGCUGCACAUGUUCUUAUACAGGCACACAAGCAGCUCCACGCAGAGGCACUGAGAAAGGGGGUAGACACACUCCCUCCCAUGAAACACAACCAUGUAUAUAGCUUGUACAAGACACACUGUGGCAAUGUCCUCCCUGGAAAGCCUGCGUUUCCUGAGACCCUGUGUGCUCAGCUCAUUCUUAAGGGUCUGUGGAAAAAUCCAUGCUGCCCAGUGCACCCUGGACCUCCUGGAUAACAGGACUCUGGGAUCUCACAGCAAGAUGCAGCUGACUGAGGCCAUUAGGAUGAAGUGGUGAUUUGGAUACAGUCCUGAGAGUCUUGGGGAGGAAGUGUGUCCCCAGCUCCUUGUGACAAGCAGUGGGCAGAGAAGAGAGUCGACAGGAAAGCUUUGCUGGGAGGAGACGUGUCCAUAAGAAGAAGGGGAGUCAGGGCCGCCUUCUUCAGGCACUAGGGAGCCCUGAGAGGAAUCCCCUGUGGGUUUCUGGGGAUGUGGGUGCCAUGCCUGAGCAGAACUUCUGGGAGUGAGCAGGCAAGGACCAACCAGCCUCCCUCAGAGGCAUGCAGGUAGGACCGGACCCUGUCUGGCUACUGCAGCGGUCUGUUGUGACCCCUAGCCUGGGCUGAGCUGAAGGAAGGAGCCCUGGCUUGUGCAGCCUGAGCCUUAGCUGGGAGCCAGGCAGGUCUGCAUCCCACCCGACAACCUCCAUGUCUUCAUCUGUGAAAUGGAACAGUAGCUAGAAACCUUGUUCAGAGGGCCAUUCAUAAGAUAAGACAGCCAGCUGAUGACUCUGUGCAAGGACAAGUGUCCGUGGACUGGUCUCACCCCAUGCCUAUGGAAGAGUGGGAGGGGGCAAAUCCUGCCACCAGGUGCUACAGUGAGUCCCGUUUGUACCCUGUGGGGUGAGCUAGCAUCGUACAGGUUGGACUGCGUGGGCAGUCCUAAAAUAUGCAAGCUCCUGCAGGCACUGGAUUUAAAGGCCAGUGUGUAUAGUUUAUAAAAGCUCCAGGCAACCUUGAACAAUUUGCUUGGGGCUUUGUGCCAGGUCCCAUCCCCCACCUCUGCUGGCUGAGGUGGACCAGAUUCCCAGUGUCCCUCACUGUAGCUCCUUCAGCACUCACUGAGGUAGAACUUAAGUGUGUGUAGAGCAGCAGCUAGCACACAGCAAGCACUCAGUUAAGGCCCACUCUUUGCAGUCUCCCUGUUCCAUCAAUACACACUUCCUGAGCAGCAUCCUCAGGUGCUGAGGUGAGGCAGAUGAGCUCCCUGGGUACCAAGAAUUCCCAGGCCAGGUGGGGUGACAGGCUCCCAGUGAGUUUCUGUACACAACAUCAAGUAGUCGUUGCCUUGCUAGGCCUGGGAAGGGCCUGAGGUGGGGAAGAGGUUGUGAUGGGGCAGGUAGAGAGAAGGCUGUAGACAGGCAUCCUCCCCAACCCCAGCAGAGCUUUUAGGUAAAAGGCCCGGGGGGGAGCAGACAGAAGCACUGAGGGAAGGUGGGGUUGUCAAGGGAUGAAGGACUUGGUCUUGAGGGCUCACUCAACUAGGUCAGGUGGGGAGGAGGGCAGCUUGGUCUGUCUACAUUAGUACCUCCCUGGGUACAACCUGUCCCUGUGGCUCCUGAGGAUGAUCACUCCAUCCCUCAGCAGGUGGGCCAGGUAAGAAGGGAGGGCGCAGGUGCCUUGGAAGAGUAAAGAGCAAAGAAGCUGGUGACCAUAGGGGAGGGCCCCUGGCCACCCCCAGGAAGUGCCAUGGGUCUGAAGCCCAGGUUCCUGCUCUGAUGGGCACAUCCAGUUCGUCAUGGAAGUGGUUGGGCCACUGUCCCUAUGGGGCCCUCUGGGACAUAGCGGCUGAACAAGGCUGCAAGCUUGGUCUGGCUGGCCCAACAACCUCUACUGUCCGGGACAGGGUGGUCUCCAGUGGAGUGUCCAAAAGCACCCUGUCUCACAUCCUCGAGUCUCAGUGAGCCAACAGCUGGCCCUCAGCAUAGGGCAGUUUCCUGUCACCCCCUCCACAUGCCAGUGAGCCUUGCCACAUGCAGUCUUUCCUGCCAUCCCGGAGCCUCCAUAUAUAUACACGGCUCACAUCACGCUCACAUGCCACACAGCAUGUGUAUAACUGUAUCACACCCAGAUGCCACCCAGCACACAUGCUCAUGCACAUCCAGGACACGUGGCCUACACUUUCACCUUAAGAAGCAGCACACAAAGGCUGAGUUGAAGAGUCUCUGAGGUUUGGAAAAAUUGGGGUCCCUCUCCACAACUUUCCCAGGGACCCUUGAUGCAUCAGGAAGUAGCUCUCAGUCCUGUGGGUCUCAGCCCAGUGAGCUUCCUGUCCCUUGUUUGUUGGGCCAGUGUCCCACCCUACAGCCCCUGGCACAGGUGGAGGGACUCACCUAGUCUCCACCCCUCUGCCUUCCCACAAGCCACACCCCUACAUGCUGCAGUAUCAGGGUCACCAGGAGUGGGCCUCUGCAGGAUGGGCCCUGCUUCCGCAUCUGGCUACCUAGCACCUCUAUGGGCAAUGAGUUGUGCACAUGGAUGGAGCCACUGGAUCCCCAGGAGCACAGAGAGCCCAUGCAUAGUGUACCCACUUAAAUAAAAACUGGAGACCCAAAGCAGUGGCUUCAACCCUCCAGCCCUCUUGGCCUCUCCUGAGGGCACCAUGUUGUGUGACACUUCCUGGGGAGAUGUCUACUCAUUCCAGAUAGGGAAUGGACCAAAGUGAGGGCACCACCAAAGUCCAACUUGGUGAACCAAUGCAUUCUAUUGGGGUUGUGUCUAGUAGUGUAGGUGAGGGGUCACUUAGAGGAGCAGGAAUGACUCACAGACAGCUGCAUCGCCAAAUCCCACCCUAGCAUGGUGACAACCCACAGAAGCUGAAAACCUGGAGCACGUACUGCACAGCCUGCAGGCAGCUCAGCAGGUUGGAGUGUCCCUCCCAGGCAUCCUGAUGGUUUUGAGGGUGUCUCGGCAGUCCUUGCUAUUUUCAUAAGUUGGGGAGGGAGGGACCUAGUGUUGUCUGGUCAGCUUCAAGGACUUGCUGAAGCUUCUGAGUUGUUUGCUUCCUCAGUGUAAGGAGCCUCCCUGAAGGAUGGGACGUUUCAUCUCAGAGGAGACUGCUAUACAACACACCAAGUGCAUGGUCCACCCAUGGUGGUCUCACCUGUCUGGGGUGGAUGGACUGAGUUCUCGCCAUGAUGCAGUCUCUUCCAGAAGUUUCUGGAGGUGAUCCUAACCACUGUCCACCUUAUUCCUCAGUUUUCUCUUCCACCUGCUGGCAGUGGUCCUUGUGGAUUGUGGGGACAUUAAAAAGAAUUUCUCUGCA